AUGUCUUUUGCCGCGAUUCGUGCACCACUUCGUAGGCAGGCUUUGUCUGCAUCCUUCAAGAGGGCCCAGUUCCGCACGUCUUCCUUCCGCAAGUAUUCAACGGAAGUCCCUCCAGCAGCCAAGUCCAACACUGGUCUCUAUGUCGGUCUGGGCGCGGUCAUUCUAGGUGGUGGUGUUGCAUACUACUUGUAUGACUCAUCUUCGGAGACGGCAAAAGCGACUUCUACCGCAGUCAAGUCUGCGGCUCAGUCAGCAAAGGUUGCUACAAACUUUGUUCCGACUAAGGCAGACUACCAGAAAGUGUACAACCGCAUCGCCGAGGUGAUCGACGAUGCUGAUGACUACGAUAAUGGCUCUUUCGGCCCUGUGGUUGUCCGUCUGGCGUGGCAUGCCUCCGGUACAUACGACAAGGCUACUGGCACUGGCGGAAGCAACUACGCGACCAUGCGUUUCCAGCCCGAGUCACUUCAUGGAGCAAACGCGGGUCUUCACGUCGCCCGUGAAGUGCUGGAGAAGAUUAAACAAGAAUUUAGCUGGAUCAGCUACGGCGACUUGUGGACGCUUGCUGGUGUUGCUGCGGUGCAGGAGAUGGCUGGCCCGAAGGUUCCUUGGAGACCUGGUCGCAUUGAUGGUUUUGAAUCCCACGUACCUCCUGAUGGCCGUCUCCCUGACGCCUCCCAAGGGGCGCCACAUAUCCGGGAUAUUUUCUACCGUAUGGGCUUCGACGACCAAGAAAUUGUUGCUCUCUGCGGUGCCCAUGCUCUCGGUCGUUGCCACCCCGACCGCUCUGGUUAUGAUGGACCUUGGACCUUCUCUCCUACCACGUUCACUAAUGACUUCUACAAACUCUUGUUUGAUGAGAAGUGGGUAUGGAAAAAGUGGAACGGACCUAAACAGCUCGAGGACAAGAAGACCAAAUCGCUUAUGAUGCUCCCAACGGAUUAUGUUCUUACACAGGACAAGAGUUUCAAGAAGUACGCAAAGGCCUACGCUGAUGAUAUUGACCUUUUCUUCAAGGAUUUUUCUGCCGCUUUCGCCAAGCUCCUCGAGUUAGGUGUCCCUACCCAGCAGUUUGUCGCCUCCGAGGCCUGGGUUAUGCAGACUGUUGACGAGCAGAAGUCCUAA